AUGAAUCAAUCUCAUGCAUUGAAUGAUAACAACCACAAUGACUUUGGAAGUGUUGGGGAUAGAAUGGAAGCAGAGACAGGCGAAGAUCAAGAUGAAAUCCUAAAUUUGUUAGAAGAUGUUCACAUGGGGACUACCAUAAAUGAUGAUGAAAAUGAAGAGGAUGCGGAGGACGAUGACAAUGACAAUGACAAUGACAAUGACGAUGAUGUGGCUAAUAAUGUUGAAAAAGAGGAUGUGCCCAACUUUAACAAAUUGUUGAAUGAUGCUCAAAGAGAGUUGUACCCUGGGUGUCGUAAGUUUUCUCUUUUAUCAUUUGUUGUUAAGAUGUUUCAUGUGAAGGUGUUGAACAAGUGGAACAAUAAGUCUUUCAACAUGUUGUUGGGGAUAUUAAAGGACCUUUUACCGGUAAUUGAUCAAGUGAUUCCAUGGACCCUUUAUGAAGCCAAAAAAUUCUUACGUGACUUAGGCUUAGGAUAUGUGUCGAUUUAUGCAUGCAAGUAUGAUUGUGCACUUUUCUGGAAAGAGAAUGCAAAUUUAGAGAAUUAUCUGAUUUGUCAAGAGUCUAAAUACAAGUUGAAUGAUGGAAAAGCUGUUAUGUGGACAAUCAAUGACUUUCUUGCCUAUGGCAACUUGUCAGGAUGGAGUACAAAAGGUUAUUUGGCUUGUCCCACCUGUAACAAAAAUGCUUCCUCACAACGGUUGAGAGGUAAGAUAGGGUACACAGGCGCUCGUCGUUACUUCCCUGAUGACCAUCCUUGGCGGAGGAGUCGACUUUAUAAUGGUAAGACUGAGUUCGUGUCAAGGCCUUUGGAGUUAUCAGGGGAACAAAUCUUAGAACAAUUGGAUUCAGGGACAUUCAAACCAUUUGGAAAGCAUCCAACCAAUAAGAAAAGAAAAAGGGAAAAUCCAGUAUUGAACUGGACAAAAAAAAGCAUCUUCUUUGAAUUGCCAUAUUGGAAAACACUUAAACUCUGA